AUGGAUACCGACUAUUGCUCAUCUGAUCUUGCCAGCGCGUUGAUCCGUCUCAGUAUGAUCCCGGACGCGAGACGUGCUCUCUACGAGCUUAUAGAUACCUAUCUCCAGCCCUGCAAUGGCAUGUUGGAUCUCCCAAUCGAGGUCUUGGAACGUGUGGUGUCUUUUGUGAACCCUAGAGAUCUCAUUGCUCUUCGAUCAACCUGCAAAAAGCUGGAAGAAGCGGCUGCGAGCAAAUUUGUCGACUACUUCAUCGAGUACCGUCGUCACGUCCUUAGCAUCUAUAGUCUCAAAGCUUUGAUCAAGAUUGCCGCCCAUCCUCGUUUCAGACGAUACGUUAAGGCAGUUAUUCUAGAUACCACCUGCCCUUUCGAGCACGACGGAGAUAGGUACAUCGCUGGCGCCCAGCCCUUGGACCAUCAUGAGGCCUGUAUGCUUCUGAAAGAAGCACUCGGCCAACUGAAAGUGUAUGGACAAGCAAUCACGCUGGGCGUAACAGACUGUAAUCUAACCAGUUUUGGAAUUCGAGAGCUUCUAUCACGACCCACAGCUCAUCUUUUUAAGCAAGACAGGGCAUUUAUCUUCCUUGUCCUACGAUUUUGCGCCAACACCCUCGCGAUCGAUAGCAGCGAAUGGGACUUCGAAUUAAAGGAAGGUUUGGCGUGUAGAUCCAUGAAUAAAAAGCUCAUCUCGGUGNCGUGCGAAGAUCUCGACGUCACUAAGGUUUUCUCGCCCUCCAGGUCACUCAAGCUCAAGAUCUUGAAGCCAAACAUGCACGAAAUUUGUAUCUUCUGGGACCAUAAGGGUAGAAGUUUAGAGAUGGUCGGGCUCAUAUACUUGUCCUCCAAGCUACCUAUUAAUAUCGACUCCUUAGCAGCAUCAAAUAUCAUGGAGUUGACACUAAAGCAAAACGCUGUGAUCAUGCAUAUUGAUGAAUGGUUUGGUCAUGGCGAUAAGGUUUCCGCUGAGCUAGAUGACUUGGCCGCGAUCGUGGAAGCAGACGAGUCUGCAUGGGAAUUGCUUAGCAACGAUGAUCGCAAGAAGUGGGCGUACUGCAUGACAGGCCGCAAGAAGACUCCAAACACGCUCGAAGUUGUGCCAUUCAACGAUUCUGGAUUUACCGCUUCAGCCAACGACCUCUUAAGGCCAUGA